AUGUCAGUUAGUGAAAAAGCUACAUCAGGCCCAGUCCUGCUAGGAACAUUCCUGUAUCACACUGACUCAAGGAAGAGUCUGACUGUGGAGCAGGGCGCCACGAAGGAGGAGCUGUUGCCAACCCUAACCGACAACUGUAUGUACCUGGUCAUCGAUGAGGACACGCGGGAGGCUGCCAUCGUGGACCCAGUACAGCCGCAGAAGGUUGUGGAAGCAGCGAGAAAGCAUGAUGUGAAGCUGACCACGGUGCUUACCACCCACCACCCCUGGGACCAUGCUGGUGGGAAUGAGAAGCUCGUGAAGCUGGAGCCCGGGCUGAAGGUGUACGGAGGCGAUGAUCGCAUCGGGGCCCUGACUCACAAAGUCACGCACCUGUCCACGCUGCAGGUGGGGUCUCUCAGUGUCAAAUGCCUGUGGACACCCUGCCACACUUCGGGACACAUCUGCUACUUUGUAAGCAAGCCUGGCAGUUCAGAGCCCUCGGCUGUGUUCACGGGUGACACGCUGUUUGUGGCUGGCUGUGGAAAAUUCUAUGAAGGAACUGCAGACGAGAUGUACAAGGCACUGCUCGAAGUCUUGGGCCGGCUCCCUCCAGACACAAAAGUCUACUGUGGCCAUGACUACACUGUCAACAACCUCAAGUUUGCACGCCACGUAGAGCCCAGCAAUACUGCCAUCCAGGAGAAACUGGCCUGGGCCAAGGAGAAGUAUGCCAUUGGGGAGCCCACAGUUCCAUCCACCCUUGCGGAGGAGUUCACUUAUAACCCCUUCAUGAGAGCGAGGGAGAAGACGGUGCAGCAGCACGCGGGCGAGUCGGACCCCGUGACCACCAUGCGCGCCAUCCGCAAGGAGCAGGACCAGUGCGAGGUGCCGCGGGACUGA